ACCGCUUCGCGAAUGACAAUUACUGUCCAGCCCCACUGAGCCAUGCUGCGUGCCAGUGUAGCCAAUCACCUUUCGGAGCGGACGUGGAGGGGUGGGGCUAAAGGCAGACAUUCUCGUGUUGUCAUUUUAGUGCGGUAAUGUGUAUGUAUUGUGCACGUAGGGCGAGCUAUCCGACAAACACAAUGCUACUCUAGCGCUAAUUAUCCGUGUCCCACCCGCCCCCUCUUCGGCGCUAGAGCCCCGUGGAACAUUCUUCUCUCCCACAAAAAAAAAAAAUCGAUCAAAAACCGCUAAGGACCGGCGAAUCCCUGCGAGGAGAUCGCACAUCUCAAGCGGCCGGUCGGGUUAGCGUCGAGGCUAACCCGUUAGCCAUGGAGGAACGGAAGGAGGAGGCAGAAGCCGAGAUCCAGGAGCACGGCCCCGAGCACUGGUUUUCUAAGUGGGAGCGCCAGUGUCUGACUGCCGCCGAGCAGAGCGAGCCGCUGGGCGACGAGGAGACGGAGCAGAACCAACAAAAGCUGUGGCACCUCUUCCAGAACUCGGCCACGGCGGUGGCGCAGCUCUACAAAGACCGAGAAUGUCAGCAGCAAGGCCUUUCCCUCUGGGUGCCUUUCCAGAAUGCAGCCACUGCCGUCACCAACAUGUACAAAGAGAGCACGGAGGCCCGCCAGCGCAGCUUUGACCUGGGGAUCCAGAUCGGUUACCAGCGCCGGAACAAAGAGGUGAUGGCCUGGGUGAAGAAGCGGCGGAGAACCAUCCGGCGGGAGGACCUCAUCAGCUUCUUGUGCGGCAAGAACCCUCCUCCCAGGGCAGCCCGGGCCCCGCCCCGGGGGGCCAUGGUGGCUGCCGGCCGGCCGCCGCCGCCCGAGUCGGGCAGCUCCGUGGAGACGGACCUGCAGCCCUUCAGAGAGGCCAUAGCCUUGCACGGUCUCAGCGGUGCCAUGGCCAGCAUCUCAGUGCGCUCGUCAGGCCCGCCGCCUGGCUCGCCCAGCCACCCGGCGGUGGCACCACCCCACGGCCGGCGCCGCAACGGCCUUCACGAUGUGGACCUCAACACCUUCAUCGCCGAGGAAAUGGCCCUCCACCUGGAUUCGGCUGCCAACCGCAAGCGGGGCGCCGCCCCCUGCAGCGAUGUCAUCACGGACUCACCCACCCAUAAACGCAACCGGAUGCUAUAAGCGACACCCCACCCCCAAUCCCCACCAUCACCAAUCCAAAGAGCGGCCAAUGAGAACUGAAACUAGUCCGUCCCUCCUGGCCUCCAAAGCGUCAUCCUAGCUGCAUUGCUACGUGAAAUAAAAGUGAAAUAUUAGACUUGAUUUUGACACAGGUUCCACCGUUCCCGGCCGUACGUGUCCUAUUACUUUUGGUUUCAAGGCAACACAUACGCUAUUUAUGUUUACACUCGUGUUUACAUUGGAAGAAACCCAACACAUCAACAUGCUCCCUCCCAGUUUUUUUAUUUUUAGUUCACACAUGCUUUGUGAUACAAUCUUUAUGUAAUGUGUGUAAAUAACAAUAAGAAACACGUAGGUGCUGUUACUAUAUGUGGUAAAUAUUGUAAAAACACAACAAGGUCAUGAAACUGGGGAUGUCCGUGUACAAUAAACCCAUUAUGACAAUAAAGGAACUACAAAUGUG